AUGGCGGUUUCGGACCGGGAGCAGCACGCACGGUCCGUUCCAGGACCGUCUACGGGUGGUGCUUCUGCUGUUAGCUCACCUUCUCCUGCUCCUUCCCGGCGAGCUUUACCCGCCUCAAUACCGACCAGUGCCCCACUGUCUUCGUCCCCACCGCCACCGAUGCGCUCCGCCAUUCUGCGUAGUCCCACGUCCGACACCUUGCCUUUGACCUCGGUCGGCCAUCGAAGAAGGAGGUCGUUCGAGUCGUCGUUGCAGCGGAGGCGCAAGAGACCGGAGGGGGUCACCGGUGCCCAGCAUCUCGUCACCAACACGGACAAGCCCGCCGAUACGCCACUGGGUAAAGCCGAUGAAGAGCUCAAGUGAGUAAGCGCGCUGGCUGUCCCACGACAAGAGUGGACAGCGUAGCGGUGGAUCCAUAGUGGAUCCAUGGGACUGAGACGCUGCGAGUUCCUGCCUUUGACAGACGCUUUGAGCAAAUCGUGACCGACACGACGCGGCGAUGUCACGCCCACCGAGCUGAGAUUGAAGCGCUACAGGUGCGCUUGGCAGCAGACCGAGCUCACCGGCGUUGAUGCAGCACUGACUCUGAAUGGCCUAUUACCUCCCUACAGAAAGAGAUCAAAGCUCGAUCGCAGCACUGGAAUGCGCUGCUGAAGCAAUCCUGCGACGCCAAGGACCGAGCCAAAGUCCGUUCUUGGAAAACCUUGACCGCACCUGAGCGUCCUAAAGAAGGUCGUUCUCACCCUCUUUGUCUGCUUUCGCUUUCUCCCUUCGACCUCCGCAGACGUCGAGCGAGCAAGUGCUCAGAGUGUUGCCCAUUCUUCAAGACACGAGAGCGAUCACCGACGCGAAACGAACAACGGCCGAAGUCUCCGUCAACAUCUCGCAUACGAGGGAGGCGUUUAACCGGGCCCGGAGCAAUCUAUUCGCCAGUGAAAAAGAGGUCAGCCCAAGCUCGACUCCUCCGUCAUCGUGUAUCAGGCGCGCUGACGUAGCGCGCUCGUGUGCUUUCGUUUCGUCGGAUAGGGCCUCGAGCUUCAGUCCCAGCUUGUCGAAGAAGAGGCGAUGCUAAUCAAGGUUCACCUGGCCAGCAAGAUGGUGAUAUGUGAGUCCUUGCAUCCUUCCACCCUUCGUCUCUACAUGUGA